AUGGAGGCCAUCGUCGAAACCUCCCUCGAAGCCACCAACUACCUCGUCGACAAACACUUUGACAAAGGCUGGGACAAGUAUCAGAAAUACGUCAACGGGAAGAAAGUCGAAGAGGAGGUCAAGCCUUAUCGUCGCCCCCGCACUACUCGCCCAUCCGACACCGCCGCCGACUACAGCGACUCGUCACCUUCCUCGACGUCUAACAACCGUCUCGGACAGAGGACGCCCGCUGCCUCCCGUGGUGUGCAUUCAUCUGCCGACUUCAGUGGCGGUGCCCCUCUGACCGGUGCUGUACCUCCCGCGGUCGCUGGUGCCACCCUCGGUGCGACUACCUUUGCUGCAGCAUAUCCAUCAUCAGCAGCCCGGCGAACGCAUCGCAACCAGCUACCCUCACCCGAGCGCGAUAUAGAUAGAGAGUACCGACGAGACAGCAUCAGAAGUCUGCAUCAAGAGAGCGAAGUCAGCGACAGAGUCCUGCGAGAAUACGAGCGAGAAGUCGACGACCCAAGUCGCAGACCCGAAUCCGUUCUCCCCGACCGAGAUCUGAAAAAGACAUCCAUCAAACGAGACAGUGUCAUGACGUCAGGAUACAACGACAACUACACCCAAGGCGGGUACGCUGCUGAGCGUCCUCGCUCGCAGCCACCGCGCAGCAGAUAUUAUGAUGACGAUGACAGCGACUAUGACGAGCGCUCUGGUCGCCGAUAUGCGAAAGGCUCUGGCCGUGGAUAUGAAGAUGACCGCGACUACGAUCGUGUGUACGAGGAGACGGAGCGGUACAGGGGCCCUCCCGCCAACCGCCCAUGGGAUGGAAGCCGCCGAGAGAGCUACCGAUCUGGAUAUGACGAACCAUACGGUGCUGGUACUGUAGCUCAAUACCGUCGCUCAGAUGGUGCGCUCGACCGCCGCGAGGAAUCGUAUGUCAGCCGCAGGUCCAAGUCCCGAGGCCGUGACCGAGAUAGGUCGUACUCGCGCUCCCGCUCCAGGAGCCGAUCUGAGGACCGCGACCGUGGUGGCAUCAAAGACAAGCUCGAAAACACCUUCGACGUCAGUGGUCGUGGACUUGGUGUCGGUAUUGCCGGUGCAGUUAUUGGCGGACUGGCAGGCCGAGAAUUCGGCGGCAAGGCGCACCGCCAGCGCGAUGUCAUGCUGGGAGCACUCGUCGGCGGUCUUGGAGCCAACAUUGCCGAAAACAAGUGGCGUGAGUGGAAGGGCCACAAAGAAGAGAGACUGGAGCGUGAGGAGUAUGAAGCCUACGGAGGGAGGGACAUUGGCCGAAGCAGGAGCAAUGUGAGAUGA